AUGGCUGCUGGGCUCAUUUCCAUGCUGCUAGAUCGCUUGGCCUCUGCAACCUAUGAAUACAUAGAAGGAGGGGUGAAACAAGUUUUGAACUUGAAGGAAGAUGUUGAGAAAUUCACUGGGACUCUGGAAGUUAUUCAAGCCGUGCUUGAGGAUGUAGAGCAAAGGCAAGUGACGGAGGCAAGUGUCAAAAUCUGGUUGGAUAAGCUGAAAGAUAUAUCCUACCAGAUGGUGGAUGUGCUGGAUGAGUGGAACACAAACAUUCUCAAACAACAAGUUGAGAAGCAAGAAAGAGAACAAAAUGAUCUUGUUCCCCCCAAUAAGAAGGUACGUUUCUCUGAUUUCUUUUCUUUUCGCAAAGACAGUCGGGAGAUUCUUCGCCGUGACAUUGCUCUGAAAAUAAAAAAUCUGAAUGAUAAGUUAACUGAGAUUUAUGAGGAAAGAAUAAGGUACCAAUUUCUACGCAAAGAAUUAGGCAUAAUUCAACAACCUCAACAACCUCAACAACCUCAACGACCUCAAACUGCAUCUUAUGUCAAUAUGUCUGAGAUAUUUGGUCGUGAAAAGGAGCAGAAUAUUUUGAUAACAAAGUUGUUGGGUGAUAGUAGUGAAGAAGAAAAGGGGCUCCUUCUCAUCCCUAUUGUAGGGAUGGGAGGCAUGGGAAAGACAACUCUGACCCAACUAGCCUAUAAUGAUGACCGAGUCAAAUCCCAUUUUGAUAUGAGGAAAUGGGUUUGUGUUUCAGACCCUUUUGAUGGGAUUAAGAUUGCCAAAGCCAUUAGUGGCGAUUACGCCCCAAGUUCAAAUGAAUUGGAUGAGGUCUUGCAAUGUAUGUCUAGAUCCAUCCAGGGCAAAAGGUUUCUCCUUGUCCUGGAUGAUGUAUGGACCGAUGAUCGUGAAAAGUGGGAAAAAUUAAAGGUACCAUUAAUCCAAAGUGGUGCUAAAGGCAGCAGAAUACUGGUGACCACAAGAAAACAUGUGGUUGCUAAUAUGAUGAGAGCAACAAGAAACAUGAUCAAUUUGGGAGGGUUGAGUGAUGAAUAUUGUUUGUCAAUCUUCAAUCACAUGGCCUUUUCGGAUAGGGAUGUACACGAGUUUGGAGAUAUUAGCAAGGAAAUUGUAAAGAAGUGUAAAGGUUUGCCUCUUGCUGCAAAGACUUUAGGUAGUCUCAUGCAUAAUAAGACAAAAAUGGGAGAAUGGAAAGAAGUUUUGAAUAGUAAGAUAUGGGCUCUAGAGAAGGUCGAGCAAGAAGUUUUCCAACCCUUAUUCCUAAGUUAUUAUGAUUUGUCCCCAACAAUUAAAUCUUGCCUUUUAUAUUGUGCUACUUUUCCUAAAGAUUACGAGUUUCAACGAGAUGAUCUGAUUAACCUUUGGAUGGCACAAGACUAUGUUAUUUCGAAAGGAAAUAAAGAAAAGGGAACAACAGGUGGUGCAGUUUUUGACAACUUAGUGGCACGAUCAUUUUUCCAAGAUUUUGAGAAAGAUUCUGACACUGGUACAAUUACAAGUUGCAAAAUGCAUGAUAUUGUGCAUGACUUUGUACAAUUUCUCACCAGGAAUGAGUGUUUGAUUAUCGAUUAUGGUGAGGAAACUACCAACGAAUCGAAGGUAUUGGGUGAUAAGGUUCGUCAUUUGACCUUGAGAUAUGUUCCUGAAGGUCCACUUGCUAUCUCAUCCUACAAUUGCAAAAAGCUUCGCACGCUCAUAACUUUUGGUUCAAGAAUUACUACCAUAGACCCAAAUUUAAUUUUACAAUUGAAAUGUCUUAGGACAUUAAAUUUGAGUGGUAAUUUCAUCAAAGAACUCCCAGAGGAGAUUGGUGAAUUGAUACAUUUGAGGCAUAUUGAUUUGUCUUACAAUCUUUAUUUGGAGAAAUUACCAGACACUAUUUGUGGUUUGUACAAUUUGUCUACCUUGAGCCUUCGUUUUUGCUUCAAACUUAAAAAACUGCCUGAAAUCAUGGGAAACUUGAUUAACUUAAAGCAUUUUUAUGUUAUCAGUUGUGGAGUUCUAGAGUUGCCCAAAGGGAUAGGGAGAUUAACAAGUUUACAAACACUAGAUGUGUGUCGGUGUGGUGGCGACAACGAUGAAGCAUUCCAAAUUGGGGAUCUGAGAAAGUUGAACCUUAAGGGACGUCUGGAAAUACAACUUGUGGGGGAUGCGACAGAUAAGAGCGAGGUUGAGAAAGCACAAUUGUGGGACAAAAAGCUAUUUCAUCUCACCGUUGGUUUUAGAAGGCAGACGAACAGUGGUAGUAGUGUAAAAAUACUGAAUGCCUUACGACCGCAUCCAGAUUUGGAAUCUUUAGAGAUUUGGGAUCAUAAUGGGACCACGUGGCCCAAUUGGAUGCAGUCUUUACACAAUUUGAGAAUCCUUGCUCUUGGUAAAGGGACACAGUGUGAACUUUGGCCUCUUGGGAAAUUGGAGUGCCUUGAAAGACUGACCCUAUGGGAGAUGGAAGGAGUGAGAAAGGUCGGUGUUGAAUUUUUGGGAUUAGAAGAUCAAACCUCAUUCAGAAUCAGAUCACCACCCCUGAUAUUAUUCCCAAAAUUGAAACAACUCAGCUUUUUGCAUAUGGAAGAGUGGGAAGAGUGGGAAGGCGUGGAAGAGUGGACGAAAGAGGAUUCUGAAAUUACAAUCAUGCCAUGCCUUUCUGAGUUAACAAUUUACCAUUGCAAAUUGCUAAAAGCACUGCCAGACUUCGUCUUCAAAACACCACUGCAGACUCUUCGCAUCCUUGAAUCUGAGAGACUUUCAGAGCGUUACCAAGAAGGAAAUGGAGAGUGGGCCAAGAUUUCUGCUACGAACCCAAACAUCCGCAUACAAAGAAGAGGCCGGCUUUGGUAAUCUUGAGAUGAGUAUGAUAAUCUUCUUUAAAAGGGCAGAGUGAUGUAAAUCAUCAAAUGUCAGCCUACGGAAGUUCCAAUAACUGAAAUUUUGAUUAUUUCCAUCACUGCCUUGACAGAGACAUGGUGAAUUUGGAAAGUCAACUGAGCUUGAUGAUUGCCCUGAUUUUUUCUGUUUUGUAAGCAGAAACUUUGUGAACACCUUA